GGGAGACCGGAGGUGCUGAAAUAGCACUGACAAGAGACCUGGCUCCCUGUUAAAUAUCUGUCGCGCUGGCCUGGCUGACUCUGAGGUGACAGUUGGGAGGAUGGAGAACGUGGAGGUCUUCAUUUCUGAGGGCAAAGGCAGGGGUCUGAAGGCCACAAAGGAAUUCUGGGCUGCAGAUGUCAUCUUUGCCGAGCGGGCUUAUUCCGCAGUGGUCUUUGACAGCCUCGUUAACUUUGUGUGCCACACCUGCUUCAAGAGGCAGGAGAAGCUGCUUCGCUGUGGCCAGUGCAAGUUCGCCCAUUACUGCGACCGCACCUGCCAGAAGGAUGCGUGGCUGGACCACAAGCCCGAGUGCUCGGCCCUCAAGAGAUACGGAAAGGCGCCCAGUGAGAACGUCAGGCUGGCAGCCCGCAUCCUGUGGCGGGUGGCGCGAGAGGGCACCGGGCUCACAGAGGGUUGCCUGGUGGCGGUGGACGACCUGCAGAACCACGUGGAGCACUUCGGGGAGGAGGAGCGGAAGGAGCUGCGGGCUGACGUUGACACGUUCCUGCAGUUUUGGCCGCCCCAGAGCCAGCAGUUCGGCAUGCAGUACAUCUCCCAUGUCUUCGGAGUGAUUAACUGCAAUGGCUUCACCCUCAGUGACCAGAGAGGUCUGCAGGCGGUGGGCGUGGGCAUCUUCCCCAACCUGGGCCUGGUGAACCAUGACUGCUGGCCCAACUGCACUGUCAUAUUUAACAACGGCAAUCAUGAGGCAGUGAAAUCCAUGUUUCACACCCCGAUGAGAAUUGAGCUCCGGGCGCUGGGCAAGAUCUCUGCAGGAGAGGAGCUGACUGUGUCCUACGUUGACUUCCUCAGCGUCAGCCAAGAGCGCAGGCAGCAGCUGAAGAAGCAGUACUACUUUGACUGCACAUGUGAGCACUGCCAGAAAGGGCUGAAGGAUGACCUCUUCCUGGCAGUGAAAGACAACCCCAAGCCCUCUCAAGAAGUGGUGAAGGAGACGAUACAGUUCUCCAAGGAUACCCUGGAAAAAAUAGACAAGGCUCGCUCUGAGGGUUUGUAUCAUGAGGUGGUGAAAUUAUGCCGGGAGUGUCUGCAGAAGCAGGAACCGGUGUUUGCUGACACCAACCUCUACAAGCUGCGGGUCCUGAGCAUUGUUUUGGAAGUCCUCUCCUACCUUCAGGCCUUUGAGGAGGCCUCGGACUAUGCCAGCAGGAUGGUGGAUGGCUACAUGAAGCUUUACCAUUCCAAUAAUGCCCAGCUGGGCAUGGCUGUGAUGCGGGCAGGGUUGACCAACUGGCACGCCGGCAACAUCGAGGUGGGGCACGGCAUGAUCUGCAAAGCCUACGCCAUCCUCCUGGUGACACACGGGCCCUCUCACCCUAUCACCAAGGACUUAGAGGCCAUGCGGGUGCAGACGGAGAUGGAGCUACGUAUGUUCCGCCAGAACGAGUUCAUGUACCACAAAAUGCGCGAGGCUGCCCUGAACAACCAGCCCAUACAGGUUAUGGCCGAGCCCAGCAGCGAGCCAGCCCCAGCUCUCUUCCAUAAGAAGCAAUGAAGGCCUGCCCAGAGGAGGA